AUGAACGUGGACAAGUAUGCUUCGAAACUAAAAAACUUGAAGAGGAAGAGGAUCAACUUGACGGUAAAAAACCGGAAAGAGAUGAACAAAGAGGAGAAACUUAAUUCAAUUAAUAGAAAGCCGGCUGUAUAUAGCAUGAAUGAGGAACCAGAAGAAGGAGGUUCAGGUAGCGCCGACAAGAAGGAACACGAGGACCAAAAAACGAAAUUGUUUGGCUACAGCAUUCGCGACUACGAGCAGUGGCAGAAUCGAGAAGAUCGCAAAGUGAAGAUGGACUCUAGUCAGUACCGAGAUCUCGCCAAAUCUACAUAUGACAAGGAAGUGCAGCGAAUGGUGCAGAAGGAAAAGCAUCAUAAUAGAAUAGAAAAACAACGUUUUAAGGUUAACAGCCGGGGAAAGCUGGAGGUCAAAGAUGAUCCGAACUUAGUAAAUGAACUAGCAGAAUCUUUGAAUCAAACUGCGAGCGAGAGAUUCUUAAGAACCCGAAAAAAAAUUGACCGCCAAACGACUAGUGAAUCGUCCUCUGGUUUUGUAAACGUGAAAAACAAGCAGUUCAACGACAAAUUAGACCGGCAAGCCAAGAAAGCGGGGCACCGGGAUAGCGAUUAG